CGCACGCGAAUAUAGUCAACGCUUAGUAGUCGUCCGGCUGACUCGCCCGCGUUAACAUCUAUUCCGAGACUAUAUAUACAUUCACGUUUUUAUGUAUACAACACUGACUAUUGUACUAUAAACCGAGAGAAUAUAUACAAACGUAAAGAAGAGAGAGAGAGUAAACGUGUGCGCGAGUGUGCUUGCAGUGUGAUAAAUAUCCCCAUCCCCCCGAAUGCAGCUUUAUACAUUCAACGGCGCGCGUGUCUGCGAGAGAGUAAGAGAGGAGAAAAACAAACCCCCUUUUACGCGUGAUUAAUGCUGAUAUAAUUGGCUAGUGGUCUAUUGUCUCUACUCUACUACCAAGAAGAGCAGCUAUCUCAUCGAGCUUGCACACGAGGCUAUAGAAGGAGACAAAGAAAAAUAAAUAUCGUACUCGUUUGUAUGUACUUUAUUUUUUUUCGAUUCUCGUGUAAACAAACUAUCCCUCCCUCUGUUGUAACGAUCGAAACAGCGGCAUAUAAUACAUAAACAGUGGAUUGGAGUGAGUGCAAAAUAGACAAGUGUCGAUAGAUAAUAUUUCGCGGACGUUCCUUUUGCAGCUGUGCAAAAUAGAGAUCGAGAGUGAGUGGAGAAGAAAAUAAGUUGAUGCUGCAUUGCUGCUGCAACCGACACAGUGGUGUGUGCUGAUGCUGCAACUGGCGCGCGUGUGCGACUUUUUUAUAUAUAUAUAUAUAAUAAUAUAAUACACAGCACGGCUAGCAGCCAGCCCACAGAGAGCGAGAGCCGCGUUGAUAAGAGAUUAUCUAUUUAUUGGCACUUGUGACACGCCGCUGCCGCCGCUCCAAGCCUCCACAACCUCACUCUCUCUCUUCGGGUCAAUCUUCCGAAACGUCGAGCGCGCUGCGCUUCGAGCAUCUCACGCUUCGUUAGUUAUUUAUACCUCUCUCUCUUUCCCCCUCGACUGCAGCCCCGAGGGGAUCAGCUGUUCCGUGCGAGUGAGAGAGAGAAGAAGAAGAAGAAGAGGAAGAUUUUGUUUUCUGUGUUGCCGACGAGAGGAGAGCUUUUACACGUUAUCGUUAUUAUUAAAAGCUCCGCUAAGUUGUCGAGGGAUAAUCGCCGACGUUUACUCUUUGCGGCUUUGUGCAUAAUAGUAGUAUAAAUCCUCGAGCAAAAGGGUGGUACAUUAAGAUGCCGCUAUUCGGCAGACCCUCGGCCAAGAAGACCAAGCGCGAUGACAAGCUACCUACGAUCGACGACAAGUACACACUCAAGGAGCAGCUCGGCACUGGCGCCUUCUCGGAGGUCAGACUCGCAGAGAGCAAGGAUCGGCCGGGCAUGCUGUACGCCGUUAAAAUCAUCGACAAGAAGGCGCUCAAAGGCAAGGAGGACUCGCUGGAAAAUGAAAUCAAAGUCCUGCGACGGUUCAGUCGAUGCGUGACAUCGUACACAGGCGACGGUAUACUCAAGUCGGAUGAUAAUGACGAAAAGGAAUGGCUGACGCAUCCGAACAUAGUACAGCUGCUCGAGACGUUCGAGGACAAGCACAAGGUUUAUCUCGUUAUGGAGUUAGUGACCGGCGGCGAGCUGUUCGACCGGAUCGUCGAGAAGGGCUCGUACACGGAGAAGGACGCCUCGGGCCUGAUCAGGCAGGUCCUCGAGGCCGUGGACUACAUGCACGAGCAGGGCGUCGUGCAUCGCGACCUCAAGCCCGAGAAUCUGCUCUACUACAGCCCGGACGAGGACAGCAAGAUCAUGAUCAGCGACUUCGGCCUGUCCAAGAUGGAGGACUCGGGCAUCAUGGCCACGGCCUGCGGCACGCCCGGCUACGUCGCUCCCGAGGUGCUGGCCCAGAAACCGUACGGCAAGGCCGUCGACGUCUGGAGCAUAGGCGUCAUAUCCUACAUCCUGCUGUGCGGCUAUCCGCCGUUCUACGACGAAAACGACUCCAACUUGUUUGCCCAGAUACUCAAAGGUGAGUACGAAUUCGACUCGCCGUACUGGGACGAUAUCAGCCAAUCGGCCAAGGACUUCAUCAGCCACCUGAUGUGCAUCGACGUCGAAAAACGCUACACGUGCAAGCAAGCCCUGGGACAUCCCUGGAUAUGCGGAAAUGAAGCCAGCAAUAAAAAUAUCCACGGUACGGUAUCGGAACAACUAAAAAAGAACUUCGCCAAGUCGAGGUGGAAGCAAGCGUACAUGGCUACGAGCGUGAUCAGGCAGAUGCAAAAGUUGGCCCUGAACAGCGGCACCACGACCACUGCGGGCGCCGCGACAGCAACAACAACGACGACCAAUACCACGUCGAGCAGCGGCGGCGGCAGCAGCAAUCCCGGCAGACAGUUGCCAGGCAUGCAACAGCAGCAGCAGCAGCAGACACAGACAGGCCACCACCACCACUCAAACGCAGUCAGCAGCCAACAGCAGCCGCAUCAGCAGCAGUCGUCUCAGCAGCGGAGCCACCACUGAGACCCCUGCACCGAGA